AUGCAGGCUGAAAUUCGAGCUCUACAGGAGAACAACAUCUGGGAACUGGUUAAGCUACCACCAGGAAAGAGACCUAUAGGAUGCAAAUGGUUCUACAAAGUGAAGCUUAAAGCCUGUGGUAAGAUAGAAAGCAUAUCUAAGGGAAGUAUACCGAUCAACCAGAGAAAAUAUGCAUUGGAGAUAAUCUCUAAGUUAGGGCUCACAGGUGGUAAGCCACCAUGGACUCAUUUAGAGUCAAAUGCAAAGUUGACUGUGCCAGAGCUUGAUAAACUGAUAGGAGUUGAGAAUGAUACUUUGCUAACUGACAUUGGACUAUAUCAAAGGCUCAUUGGAAAGUUUUUGUAUCUGACAUUAACUAGGCCAGACAUAGCAUUCUCAGUACAAACACUUAGUCAGUUUUUACAGAGUCCAAAGAAGUCUCAUUGGGAUGCAACAUUGAGAGUGGUAAGAUACAUCAAGAGAGAAUCAGGAAUGGGAAUUCUGUUAAGUAGCAGUAGCAGUAGCAGCAAUAGGUUGUGUGUAUACUGUGAUGCUGACUGGGCAUCAUGUCCCAAUACAAGAAAAUCAGUGUCAGGUUAA